UCAUGAAUUAUUUGGAGUGUUUUUUUGUGCGUUUCAGACGUUUCUUUUUUUUUGUGUGUCAGUGGACAACCUUUAAUUUGAAGGUCACUCUACGUUUCCGGUUGGCUCUGAGUAAUUGUGACCUCUGACAGCAAUAGAUAGUUACUUUAUUAAUACCGCAAAUGGAAAUUGUUUCGCUAAAGCAGACUUCAUACAAACAAGUAACGCAAUAUUAAUCAUAAAAAUGCACAAUAUAUACAAAAUAUAGAAUAGAAUAAUAUUAAACUAACAAAAUAAUAGUGCUAGAUGUAAACAAACAAACAAACACACACCAGUGUAACUGUGAUAUGGUUGUGUGACCUAAUUGUCCAGAGGUGAUUUAUUAUAAAUUAUUUUUUAAAUAGGUACCUAGAAACUAACAUACUAUAUUAUAAAGAUAAAUCCCAACACGAUCUGUUUAAAGGACAAAAUCCACUCAAGCCAUAUCUCUUUACUUAUGUUUUAUUACAACUUCCCAUACGCCUUUAGAUGAGGACUUUUGAGCACAUAGAGACCUAUAACUAACUGAUGUAAGAUGAUGUAACCUACAAAUAAUAAUCUCACGUGUCAGUUAUUUGCCUACAGCAUGUGCUUUAACGUGCAUUUAAAUGGAUUAUCUGCCCUAAGUGAGGCAAAUUAUAUUUAUAUAUAAAAAUAUAUUGACUGUAACCGACAUCACGCUCAUGCCAUUAUUUAGUGUGCUUGUGUCCUCUCGGUUACUGUCAGUGAUUAACUCUACAGGUUGUAGUCGGGACAGUUGGAGGAGGAGAAGAAGGAGACGAAUAUCAAUAAUUCGUCGAACCAAUGGCUAUAAUCGUAUAAUGACGGGUCCUCCUACCAGAGAGUCCGCCAUCAAGAAAGAUAUCUGCCCAGUCCGCAUGUCAACACGCGUCGUACUUUACGUACUCCAACGAACAUUUCUUGCGUUCCCAGCGAACAAAAAAAAUCUGCACCUCCAAAACGGUCAGAGGCAGUGAAUGGUGGACUUCAUUUUCUGGAUGUCUGGACAGAAAAAAGAAAAUUAUGGAAGUCCAUUGAUGACUGUGAUGAAAAAAUAAGGAUGACUUACUAUCUCAUAAUUAUGACCAACUAUCUCAUCAUUAUGACCUACUAUCUCAUCAUGAUGACUUAACAUUUCAUAUUUUUUUACUUACUAUUUCAUGGGCGCACAUAGAAAAUAGACAGACCUUAUGAGCAAUAAUAAAGAUCCCAAAUGAUGGCCAACGAACAAGAUUAAAGCGAAACCGGAAGUAAGGAGGUGGGAGUGAGCCCUCCCGGUCUAUCGUCCUUCGUCUUCGGCUAGCCCCGCCCCUUGGCAAGGGGCGUCACCAGUGGUCGAGUGACGUUGCCCACCGGAAAGGGCACUUUGGAUGUGAAAUAAUCACCGCGAGCGGACGCUAUUUUUUAUUACUCCAGGAAACAUGACAGCGGAGACCACGCGAGGGUUACGGUUGUGUCUGCGUCACGUGGCUCUGCUCCGAAGACGGCCGCAACCCGGCGCCUCGCUCCAAAGAAACAGACCCUUCGGUUCCCUGAGGUACCCCGAAAACAGCGAGCGCCGGGGUCUGUUGUGGAAGACGCUCGUCGGCGCCUCCGUCGGCGUCCCCGUGGCGGUGGGGGUCCAGUACGCCGCGUCCGAACCCAGAGACCGGAGGAGGAUGAAGAUUCUGAUCCAGGGUUUCGGACGCUUCUGCAGAUCUCUCUCCGUGGGAAUGUUCAUCUCCGUGGAUUACUGGUGGACCACGAACGUGGCUCUUCGCGGCCGAGAUGAGAGCAGCCCAUCCUACUUGGCCGAGAUGUCCGCCUGCCACCAAAGGGCGGCGGAGCGCAUGGUGGAAGGAGCCCUGAGCAACGGGGGCAUCUACAUCAAACUGGGCCAAGGUCUGUGUUCGUUCAACCACCUGCUGCCCCCCGAGUACAUCCGCACGCUGCAAAUACUGGAAGACAAGGCCUUGAACCGGAGGUACAAAGAGGUGGACGCUCUCUUCCAGGAAGACUUCAAGAAAACCCCCAAGCAGCUUUUUAAGGAGUUCGACUACGAGCCCAUCGCCGCCGCCAGCCUGGCCCAGGUCCACAAGGCCGAGCUGUUCGACGGGACACCCGUCGCCGUGAAGGUGCAGUACAUUGACCUCAGGGAUCGGUUCGAUGGCGACAUCAGGACAUUGGAGAUCCUGCUGGAUGUCGUGAAAUUCAUGCACCCCAGCUUUGGAUUCCGAUGGGUUCUUAAGGACUUGAAGGGCACACUCGGUCAAGAGCUGGACUUUGAGAACGAGGCCAAGAAUUCCGAGAGGUGUGCGGAGGAGCUGAAACACUUCAGCUUUGUUGUGGUACCCAAAGUCUUCUGGGAGCAAACCAGUAAGCGAGUGUUGACGGCGGAGUUUUGCAUCGGGUGCAAAAUCAACAACGUGGAAGAAAUUAAAAGACAAGGAUUGAGCCUGAAAGACACCGCGGACAAGCUGAUCCGAACAUUCUCCGAGCAAAUAUUCUACACCGGUUUUAUCCACGCCGACCCCCACCCUGGAAACGUUCUCGUGAGACGAGGUCCUGACAACAAGGCAGAGUUGGUCCUCUUGGACCACGGCUUGUACGAGUUCCUCAGCCAGUGUGACAGAGUGGCCCUGUGUAAACUGUGGCGCGCCGUCGUCCUGAGAGAGGAGGCGGCGAUGGAGAAGUACUCCAAAGCACUCGGCGUCAAAGAGUACUUCCUCUUCUGCGAGAUGCUGCUGCAGCGGCCCAUCAACAUGCGCGAGCUGGGCCUGUCCAACGUCCUGAGUCGGGAGGAGACGACCUACAUGCGCCAGAUGGCCAGCGACCGCUUCGACAGCAUCAUGCAGGUGCUGAAGUCGAUGCCGCGGCCCAUGCUGCUCGUGUUCCGCAACAUCAACACGGUGCGAAGCAUCAACAUCGCGCUGGGGGCGCCGGUGGACCGCUACUUCGUCAUGGCCAAGAGUGCGGUGCGAGGCUGGGGGAAGAUCCAGGCGGCGAGGACGGGGAUCCUGCCCCGGCUCUGGGUGUUCCGCUGGGCGAGGAUGACGUGGGAGGGCCUCAAGUUCGAACUGGCUUUGAGAUGGGAGAUGGCGGCGAUGAGUGCGACGCGCUCCUUCCUGGGCCUGCUGUCGUACUUCGGCCUGGUGUCUCUGGACGCCGAGAUGUACGAGUACCUGCGGUAGUGAACGCCUCGCUACGGAGGAGGAGCGAUUCCACGCGCACGUCGAUGCACCCCCCCCCCCCCCCCCCGCGCUCUAAGAGCUGCUGCUCACAUGCAUGAACCUGGAUUCUGGUUCCAGACACAAGUCCUUUUUUUUUUUUUUUUCAGAACGGGUGAGAACCAGAGUUGUAGAACCUCACAGCCUAUUGUAAGGCUUUUUUUUAAAUUGAAAGAUCAUAUAUAUUUUUUGGGUGUUUUACCUCCUUUUCAGUGUUUUAGCUAUGGACAUUUCAAGCUGCGGAUUAUGUUUUGAAGAAAUAUUCCCGGAGCCAUUGAGUCAGCGUGUUGUCCGAGCGACGUGUAAACGUGCCUUUUUUUCGCCCAUUUAAAAAACAAACAAGACGCACAAACAAGACGCACAAACAAACGCGCUCCAAGUGGGACAAGCUGCAGCUUUGAUGACGGCGACGCAGACGAUAAUUUAUAUUUGUGUUGGUGUUUUGGACCCAUUUCUUCUGAGUUCAGCACAGAGUCCAAAAAAGAACAGCCACCUAACCAAAUGCAUUUUAAAUUAUUUUAACCAUGUCAAUAAAAUGUUCUACCUCCUC